CUAAUGAAAUGAGUAAGGAAUAAUAAAUAAAUAAGAAAUGGAUGAUAGUAGAUCUGAGAAGCAAGUUCAAAAAAUGGUAAACAAUAAUAAUAAAUAGGCUAGAAUAUCGAUCAUAUAAAAGAUGAGAAUAUAUUCUGUUUAAUAUGUGAAGAAUAAGAUUAUACAGAAUAAAAUUAAAUAGUAUUUUGUGAUGGAUGUGAUGUAACAGUUCAUUAAGAGUGUUAUCAUGUGAUAAAUUUGGGAGCAAAAUGGUAUUGUUAGAAAUGUUUGGCAAUGACUGAUAAUCAAGAUUAAGAAAUAAAUUGUUAAUUUUGUCCAGAAAAAUAUUAGAUUUUAGAAUAAGUGUAAAUAAAUGGAUAAUAAUAAUGGGUAUAUAUAAAUAGUAUUAAUUAAAAGGCACAUUCAAGUUGUUUAAGAUGGAAUCCUUUCCUAAUAUUAAAUAAUUAAAGUCAUAAUUUAUAUACAUGUGAAGUAAAUAUUUAGACAGGUUUUAAAUGCAGAUAUUGUCAGAAAACAGAUGGAUUUUAAUUGGAAUGUUACUAUUAAGGAUGUUAAGAGGCAUUUCAUAUAGGAUGUGUAAAGGUGAAUGGAGGUAUAAUGAAUAAGGAAUCAAUGGAAUGUUUAUACAAUUAUAUGAAACCAUAUUUGAGAAUACAAGAUUAGAAAUUAUUAUUUUGUGUAGAACAUGUUGAAGAAUUAUUAGAGAAAUUAAAUGAAAAUGAAAGAAAUAUUAUUGAAUAGAGUAAUUACAGAUAUUUAUUGGUUUUUAGAAUUUGUGAAAUUGAGACAUGAACGAUUGAAUUCUUAUUAUCAAUACAAUAGAAAUAAUAAAUAAUAGGAGGAUAAUAAGAAUGAAACUAAAUUAAGAAGAUAAUAAAGAAAUUAUGAAGACAUGUUAUUUGAUGAAGUAGUUUAAUUGAAAUAAUUGAAAUAAGCAAAGAUACCUAUAAAAGAUAAAAAAGUAAAGUUAUAAUUCAAAGAAUAUAUGACAAAAAAAUUAAAUGAAUAAUUACAUAAAUUAAGAGAUGAUUUCAUGAAAAAAAAUCAUAAUGAUUUAAAUGCAGACGAAGAUACAUAUAUUUAGAUAGAUACUCAAUUAAGUAAGAAAUUAUUUGAUAAAUUGGUUGACAUCAAUAAUUUAGAAGAAUUUGAUAAAUAUUUAGUAAGUUAUUUUAUAUUUAAUAAUAUGAUUCGAAAACCAAGUAAUCCAGAAAUAUAUAUUAGAGAAGUAAUUAUUUAUAUAAUAAAUUAGGAUAAUAGUAGUUAUGCUUAUUGGAAGAAAAUGUUAGAUGAAUUAGGAAUUAAGAAUGGAGAAUAAUUUUCAAAGUUCUUAAAUGUACUUAGAUUAAAGAAAAUGAAUAUUGUUAGUAGAAAUAAUGAGAAAUUGCAAUAUGAGUAGGAUUUACAAUAGCAAUUUGAGGUCUAAAAUAAUGAAUUGAUUGAAUGA